AUGCCUUCCGAGCCCGUCCAGCAGACUGCCACACCACCCGCCGAGGCGGGCACUGACGACCCUGCCCUCAAAGCGCUGGCUAACGAGCUUAAAAGAGUCAAGGAGAAGCUCAAGGCCGAGAUUGACGCCCUGAUAGCCCAGAAUUCAGACAUCCAGGCGAGGCUCCAGCAAUGCGAGGAGCAGCUUGAGAAGCAGAGGGCAGAGUUGUACGAGCUAACUGCGGAACCAGACCAAGCAGCUUUGGAGCCCGACCUAGCAGCUUUGGAGCCCGACCUAGACCCUCCUGGUGUGCCAGAGGGCUACCCGUGGAGUGGAAAUCCGUGGAAUGGAACUUGGGAGGAGGCGAAGACGACCGCUUCAGUGCAUUCGACCACUAGGCACCACUGGCUCGUGGCUAUGGACUUAUUCAUUCUGGAAGAAGCAACCAAAUAUCGGAACGCCCCCAGGGGAACCAGGAAUGAUACAUGGAAUGAAAUCAGGAAGAGGUGGGGAAAAUGGAAUUUUGGAUUUGAGCUCAGCCGACAUGGGUUUGUUUUCCGCUACAACUAUCUGAUCAAGCGUAAGGAUGGGAACGUAUAA